AUGUACUUCAGAAUAUUUAUCAAAGUAUUCACAGUUAAAGAAAAAAGGGUUACAGUAUUGGCUGUUUCAGUGAUUGUGUUGAGUGCUACACAUUCAAAAACUAGUUCUUCAAGUAGUCCCAAAGACCAUAAGGAUUACAUGGAAUACUAUUUGCACAGUGGAUUUUAUUUUUUUGUGUGUAUCAACAGUUAUUGUUUGAUGCUUGGUUUUAUAUAUGUUCAUAAAGUUAUAAAGAAUAAAAAAUUAAAGGCAGUUGGAGAUAAAAUGAGUUUAAAGGAAUAUUAUCAUUUUACUAAGCUUCAAAUUUAA